AAUAUCCUCCACGGCAGAGAAAAACACCUAAAUUUCCACAUUCACCCUCCACAUCCACCAUCCCGUAGACUCCGUUCCCAUCACUCACCCUCUGCUUUCCUACGUGGUUUUGCUUUUUCGUCUUCUCCCUACACCGAGUCUGUUCCAGUCUUUCUAGUCUAGCGAGAAUCCAGUAAUUACAGAAGCAUCGCUUUUUCACACGGGCCUUCUAAAAACUGCGACACACCCAGCUAAUAUUAGCUCAAUACAGCUCACCUCCAGCACUAUCUCCACUUUAUCAUAUCGUGAUAGCGUCGCGUAGCUGCCAUAACUCGCUUUUGUCGUUGCCCAUCGCCUCUUGAUCUGAAAAAUUCAGGCUGCGCACAAAAUUCCCAAAUCUAAUAGCCACUAGUUCUACACUAAAAGUAGACUACAAGCACCAACACUAAUUAAUAAUAUUACUAUCACUAAUAUAACUAUAUUGCCAUAUACCAUUACGCUCUUGCCUUUACUCGAGAAUCUUCGCAAUGUCAUACUACGAUCCUUAUCAGGGCAUACCCCAACAGUACAUGGCCCAGCCCUACUACCCUCAGUACUACCAACAGAACCCAGAUGAACAGCUCGUUCUCCAGGACGCCAACUUGGCCCAACAAAUUGACUCAAGACAAUCAUCCUAUGACCAGUACCCCCAGUACCAAACUGACGGGGGCCAGUUCGGCUAUAACGACGUCAACGCCGCUUCCGGGGCUAACGACUUCUACCAAGACGAGGGUGCUGUCUUUGUUAAUGGAGCCAACGCUCCUAACUUGGGUCAACAAAAUGGUGCCAACUUGGUCAACCCAAUCCAGCACCAGACCCCAUAUGGUGUAGGCAAUGGAGCAGGUCCAGGACAACAGCAAGGCUAUGGCUCUGCCAAUGCUAUGGCUCCACCCAACCAGGUCCAGAACCAGCCUGGUCCAGACGUUGUUUACGGACAAGCUGCUUCCAAUGGUGCCAACACUGCUGCUCCCUCCAGAACCGUCUAUUUGGGCAACAUUCCUGCUGACAUCCAGCCCAACGAGUUGUUGGACUACGUCAGAUCUGGGAUCUUGGAAAACGUCAAGAUCUUACCAGCUAAGAACUGUGCCUUCAUUUCGUUCAUAGACCACCAGUCAGCGUUGUUGUUCCACUCCGAUUGCAUCUUGAAGAAGCUUAGUAUUAAGGGCCACGACAUCCGCAUCGGCUGGGGUAAAAACACUCCUAUCUUGCCAGCGGUCAUGGAAGCCAUCCAAAGGGACGGCGCUACCAGAAACGUCUAUUUGGGCAACUUGAACAACCCCGUCAACGGCGAAGUCAUUACGGAGCAGGAGUUGCGUGAAGACUUGUCGUGUUACGGCAUUAUCGAUUGCAUCAAAAUCAUUCCUGAAAAGGGUAUAGCAUUUAUUCACUUCUUGUCGAUCUUGUCUGCCAUCAGAUGUGUUGCCAAUUUACCAUUAAAAGAAAAGUACUUGGACAAGAAGUGUUUCUACGGUAAGGACAGAUGUGCAUUUAUCACGAAAACGCAACAACACAACGCUGCUCAGUACUUGGGUUUAGCUCCCGGCAUGGAGCACAUUGUCACAGCUGCUGAUCGUGAGUUCAUUUCUCUGGCUUUGGUGCAACAAUCAGCUGCUGCAGCCCAGAUUGCUACACAAGCUGGUGGUGCCAAUAAUUUGGGCAACAGAACUGUUUACUUAGGCAAUUUGCAUCAGGACUCGUCUGUGGAAGAGAUAUGUAAUGUGGUCAGAGGCGGUUUGUUACAGAGCAUUCGGUUCUUGAAGGAGAGACACGUUUGUUUCAUCACCUUCAUCGAUCCUAUUGCCGCUGCCCAGUUCUUUGCCAUGUGCCAAUUGCAUGGUUUGACGAUUCACAACAGAAGAAUCAAGGUCGGUUGGGGUAAGCACUCAGGUCCUUUGUCGAAUGCCUUGUCAUUAGCUGUUUCCAACGGCGCUUCCAGAAACAUCUACAUUGGAAACAUUGUUGAUUUUGACUACUACAACCCCCAGAAGUUGAGAGAAGACUUCUCCAAAUUUGGUGAUAUUGAACAGAUCAACUACUUGGAGGAAAAGAAUUGUGCCUUUAUUAACUUUGUCAACAUCGCCAAUGCCAUCAAGGCCAUCGACGGCAUCAAGUCGUUCGAAGACUACAAGUCCUUGAAGAUCAACUUUGGUAAAGACAGAUGUGGUAAUUUGCCCAGACAAUUCCAGAACCAGAACUCGCAGCCUCUUAACGGCGGUAUUGAUUCUGUUUCCAACCACUCUUUUUCUGACGGUGAGUUCUUGACAGACGAACAAGCUCAACUGCUCUCGGCUGGAACUCCUCCAAGCGGAGCUACUCCUCAACCUCCUUCCAUCAUUGACGAGAUCUAA